CACUUCCCCAGAAAGUUGCCAACCCGGAAGAGUACCGUUACUUAGGCUUUAUUAUUAUUUUUUUUAAAUACCCCAUUUUAAGAACAGUCCAACAGAGUAUCCCCAUUGUUUCCUUGCUGCCUCCGACUUCCUUUCGGGUUACACUGUUUGAUAUCGUUCUUACUUUAUAUCACAAGUUUGCUAGUGUUAGCAUUAGCAUUAGCCGCGGAACGCUAUUCGUCCUGACAGUCCAGAUGUGACGACCUCGGUUCUCCCGUCUUUUAGCGACAUUGUCGGCAGUGAUGUCUUUGCAGCUGACUGCCGAGCAGCAGCGGAGGAUUGAAGAGAACAGACGGAAAGCUUUGGAGAGGAGAGCCCAGAGAGUUGGGCAGACCAUCGCCACCAACAAGCAUGGCCCCACGGACUUAAUACAAGCUGCAUCACAACCAAAGCGGUUUGCUACACCUUCUAGUAAAAACUCGCCUACUUCUAGUAACCACAUUAAAUCUUCUUCUGGAAGCGACAAUCAUAGCUCUUCUUCAAAACUGAUACCAGUCAAAGAUGCUCUUCCUCCAGCCAGUUUCCAGCAUGUCAAUCAUCCCAUGAAAAGCAGAGACAACAUUAAUGUCAAGCCAGUCCACACUUCUCCCAGCAAUGCUGUGGUGGGCUCCUUCUACAAACAGCCAAACAAACCCACCUCAGACUCAACUUCUACUUUAAAUGCAGUGCCUGCUAAAAAGCAGGCCGUUUCCACCAGGGGGAAAUGUGUGCUGCACACUGAGGGACGCUUCAGGGUGGAAGUUGGCUACAAUGCGGAGCUAAUUGCUGUUUUUAAAUCCAUUCCAUCUAAAAGCUAUGACCCCACCACCAAGAUGUGGAGCUUCAGUAUGGAGGACUACCAAGAGCUAAUGACCCAGGCAGCGUCCAUCGCCUCAGUGGCUUUGAGGCCUCUCGAGGGGGCGGAGGCGGUGGACAUGGCGGCAGCGACUAGCAGCGCUCAAGACGGGUUGGCGCUUACCGCUCUGCUUAGGCUGUGCAGCGGAUGGCAGAAAGCAGGCGCCAUCCUCCAGGGCCAGUGCACCUUGGUGUCGCCCACCAUGUUUGAAGUGGAUGCCGGUUACAAUGUGGAUUUGAUUGCAGCAUUUAAGCAAAUGCCAACAAAGACUUAUGACAUUAAAUCACGGAAGUGGAGCUUUUCACUGAAGGACUACAGGAGACUGAUGGAGCUCCUCGGUGGGAUAGCAGCAGUGGAGGUGGAGCCUCUUCCCAGGGCAGUAGUCCAGGCCUUUUCUGACAGAUUUGAAGGGCCUCAAGCCAAGUCUUUGGACGUCCCUGAGGCAGACCUGUCCCACGUCGACCCCUUGAUCACCAGCAGCCUCAUGCCCUUCCAGAAGGAGGGAGUCAAUUUUGCAGUGUUUAAACAAGGACGCCUCCUCCUGGCUGAUGACAUGGGCCUAGGGAAGACUGUGCAGGCAAUCUGCAUUGCCUCCUACUACAGGAAGGAGUGGCCUGUACUGGUGGUGGCUCCCUCCUCUGUGCGCUUCACCUGGGCGGAGGCCUUUCAACGCUGGCUGCCCUCGUUGAGUCCUGACAGUAUCAAUGUGGUGGUGAAGGCCAAAGACAACCUGAGGGCAGGGCUUGUCAACAUCAUCAGCUACGACCUCCUCAGCAGGAUGGACAAACAGCUGCCAGGGAGUCACUUUGACAUUCUCAUCAUGGAUGAAUCUCACUUUCUAAAGAACAUGAAGACAGCUCGUUGUAAAGCUGCCUUGCCGCUACUAAAGAAAGCCAAGCGAGUCAUUCUCCUGUCAGGGACCCCUGCCAUGUCCAGACCUUCUGAGCUCUACACCCAGAUACUGGCUGUCAAACCGUCACUCUUCCCACGCUUCCACGAGUUUGGACUGCGCUACUGUGAUGCCAAACAGUCGGUUUGGGGUUGGGAUUACUCUGGCUCCUCCCAUCUCAGCGAACUAAAACUGCUCCUGUCUGAGUCUUUGAUGCUGCGGCGGCUCAAGUCCGAAGUUCUCUCCCAGCUUCCUUCCAAACAACGCAAAGUUGUCACGGUAACCAUCGAUGGAGUCAGCAACCGUACCAAAGCAGCUCUUUCAGCUGCGGCCUUGCAGUUAGCCAAGGGACACAAUAACAAAAAGGAUGAAAAUGAAGCCCUCCUUAUUUUCUAUAACCACACAGCUGAAGCGAAGCUACAAGCCAUUACGGAAUACAUCACUGACAUGUUGGAGUGUGGGAGGGAAAAGUUCCUAGUGUUCGCCCAUCAUAAGUUGGUGUUGGAUCACAUUACAAACGAACUUGUUAAAAAGGAUGUCUGUUUUAUUCGCAUUGACGGGACUACACCAUCGAGUGAGCGCCAGCUGCUGUGCGACAAGUUUCAGUAUUCUAACAAGACCUGCGUGGCCGUGCUGUCUAUCACCGCCGCCAACAUGGGCCUGACCCUGCACGCCGCCGACCUUGUGAUAUUUGCAGAACUUUUCUGGAACCCGGGGGUUCUGGUCCAAGCUGAAGACAGGGUGCAUCGCAUCGGUCAAACCAAUAAUGUGAACAUUCACUACUUGGUUGCUAAGGGAACAGCUGAUGAUCACCUGUGGCCAAUGAUCCAAACAAAAAUGAAAGUGUUGGAGCAGGUUGGUCUUUCAGAGUCCAACCUCUCAUCCAAUGCAGUGACGGCUCAAUUCCACACUAGGGAUCACCUACAGAGGAGCAUUGCAGACAUGUUUGAGAGGUCUUUCAGUAAUGAUGACAAGAUGGACGACGAAAGCCUAAUAGAAGAAGUCAACCUCUGCGCUGAUUUUUGAAAGAAGUAUCAUGGCUGACUGCAAUACUCAAUAUAUAUUUUUACUCUUUAGAGAAAAUGUAAAAUAAACAUGUCUAGUAGCUAUUGGUGACCUCUCGUCAGGUU